GACAUUUUAUAAAGACAUCUGCCAUAUUUGCUGCCGUAUCCGCUUCAGCGAAAAUAUCUGAAUCUUACUAAGAGUCUUUUAAGAUAUAGACUACCGCAUUGACCGGGCUGGGUAUUACGAUCUGAAUACAGCCUGCAUUUUACAUAUUGUCGCCGUGAUAACCGGUUGAAUUUGCCAUGCUCUCUCGCAUUCUCGUCAUAACUGUAUUUCGCCUGGCGUGUCUGGCUUUGGGAACACGCAUGGUGUUAUGUGGUGAAUUGCCCGAUAUACAGAGCAAUAUCACUGAAAUUCUGUCCACGCUAACGAAUUUCAAUGGAAGUCGUAAUGAUGUGACGAGCCCUGAUAGGAAAAACAAUAUACGUGACUACAUUGCCGCGUCGCUCAAGGAAUAUGGCUUACAUGUCUGGACGGAGCGACCAAAAAUAGGCGACGAGUUGCGUGCUGAGAAUAUCGUCGGUAUGAUUAAAUCAAAAAGAACAGGAACAGCCGAUGAUAAGAUAGUCAUCGUGGGCGCACACUAUGAUACUGCGAAUCAUACCACCGGAGUUGAUGAUAAUGGUUCUGGUGUCACUGCAUUACUUCAAGUUGCAAAGAACGUAGCAAAAGCGAAAUGUAGAGUAGAGAACACUAUUCUGUUUGUUGCAUUUGAUUUCGAAGAAUUGACUAAAGAGUGUAAAAUUCCUUGGCCAAUUGCCUGCGGUAGCAAGGCGUAUGUAAAGAAUAUCAGCAGUUACCUUAACGAAACCGGAGGAACAAUUGGUGGAGCGAUCAUAUUGGAGACAAUGCUCAAUCAUAAUUCUUCAGCAGAUUCACAGAUAUUUCCAGAUGGCUUUGAAAAACUUCUCCCUGGGGCUUAUAAGGAAGUUAGGAGUGACUCAAAUCGAGGCAAUUUUCUAGCGGUAAUUGGACGGAACGAAUCGGAUAGGAAACUGCUUGAUUUAGUUUUGAAGUACUACUCAAAAGAUUCAAAUUAUCGUGCGCAAUUAUUGCCAAUUCCAAUCAAAGGUCGCCCAUCGUUAUCACCAACGCACGACUAUUUCAUCGAACUGUAUCGCAGUGACCAUUACUCGUUUUGGGACACUAAGGCAUCGUACAGCGCCGUGAUGUUGGGGGAUACAGCGAACUUCAGGGGAUACAUGAGGCAUUGUUACCACAAGAUAUGUGACGAUUUCAGCCAGGUUAAAGACGAUGACUUGGAGUUCUUACGAAGAUCAAUAAAUGCUGUCAUUAAAACGGUUCUUGACUUAAGUGAUGCUGAUUGCACUGUUCACCCAAGCUUUGGUGAGACGAGCGUGUCGGCAAACCUGUUCUUGAUGUUGGUAUCGUUGAUUGGAAUUUUCUUUUCUUAUAGCUAUUGAGCAAGUUUAUACAUAUAUAUACUUGAUAUGUAAAAUAUUGAUUGUGAAUAACGCUUCAACAAUUAGCUCUUGUUUUCCAAUGAACACUUGCAUAUAUAACUAUAACCAAAAGCUCAACAUAUUUGGUACUGAAAGGCGUCGAUUUUUUCGAAACAUCACGAGUUUCAUGAAGAACUUUUAUAAUUUAGCAAAAUUAGUGGAGUUAAAACACAAAAUUUGUCAGCGGUUUGGCGUUUGCCGUUAACGUCAAUCUUAUAAGGUCAUUGAUUGUUAGAUUGUAAUGGAUAUAUUAUAUAACUCUAGUUGUUAGCAAAUCCUUUAGUGAUAAGUAAAUGCAAUACAUUUCCUUAUUAAAUUCUUUAUGUGUUAA